ACGUACGUCCAUACUCCAUGAUUUAACAUUCAUGAUUUAGCUACCUACAGAGUACAGAUCGAUUAGCACAUACAUCUACAAUACCUUUUCGUGUAUUUUGCAUUCGGUGUUCGUUUGAACUAUUUCUUACCCGUGUUUGUUCGCAACGACGGCAACGAUUGCUCAACACCGCAUAGCUGCUGUACAGGAAGACAGAACUUGAAGCACAGGCUGGGAAAUCGUGUGAGAAAGAGAUAUUGUAUUUGGCAUCUAUCCUACGUACACGCAAACGCUGCACGUGCAUCUUACAUCUCCUUUGUGGGAGAGAAAAGUAACGAUUGACCAAUUCGAACACACAUUGGAUAUCGCAAAGGAACCCCAAGAAGCAAAAUAGAAGAACAACAAACAUGAAGACAGAAACAAGCCUAUCUCCCUUCGAGUCUCUUCCCCCAGAGCUCCACGACGAAAUUCUCUCCCACCUCGCCACCCCCCUCCAGACACCAAAGCAAAUCUCCACCGACCACCGUUGGAACGACUCCCGCGCCGACACCUACGCCCUAGUCCGACGCAUGACAGCCAACGAAUCCCAUGGCUACGAGUCGACACUGUACGCCAUGCGCCUCGUCUGCCGCACAUUGCUACGCGCCGCCACGCGCGCCCUGUGCCGCCGCUUCGCUAUCGUGCUGCCUAUCUUCGAAGACGGCGUCGUCGACUUCAUAUCCUCCCUAUCGUCCCCCUCCCCUUCCUCCUCGUACUUCGUGGACGCGGUGAGGGGCGUAUGCAUCCCGCUCUCCUCGCGGGAGAUGUACUUUCCUCGACGGACGCUGUCGACGGAGGGUGACGCGAACGGCGGGUUAGACAGGAUUCGGGACUUCAUGGUUGCGUUUCAGGGGUUGCUGGCGCGGAAAGGCGUGGGGGAGCGGGUGGAGUGUUUGAAUGUGACGCUGCCGUAUGUGUGGGAGAGUGAUUCCUCGGGCGGGGGGCACGAUGGGUACGAUAAGGUGCCCGUGUUCGAUGUGAACAUGUUGGAUGGGUUGAGGGUUUAUUUUGCGGAUUUGUUGGGGAUGCCUGGCGGGGUGUGGGCGAAUUUGACGGAUUUGAGGUUGGCGAUGCCGGCGGCGGUGGAUUGUAGUGUGUUGGGGGUUGUGUUGGGGGAUGAGAUGUUGGGGAGGUUGAGGCAUUUGUAUUUGAGGUAUAUGGAUGCGACGGGGCCCGGGGGGAGUAAGGCGUAUUUGUCUUGUUUUGACGAGAAUACGGAUGGGGAUGAGAGGGUCGGGAUGUCGAAUUUGCAGAAGGAGUAUCCGAAUAGGACGUACGGGCCUGAUCUUUGUAAGAUUGUCAAUAGGUGUCCGAAUUUGGAGUCGUUGGGGUUGGCAGGGACGCAGCAUAUUGAUUGUACGUUGCUUGACUUCAAGCCGAGGAGGGGUGGAGGGCUAAGGAUGUUGUAUCUGGAUCGGGUGAAGAUAACGUUUGAGAAGUUGAUCGAGCUUUUCUCGACGGACGAGGGCGGAGUGGCCAGCGAGCUCAGGUCGCUGUGGAUGCAUGACGUCGAGUUGCAGACUGGCACUUGGGGGGAUGUUUUCCAGCAUCUGAUCAAGAACUGUCCGGAGCUUUCGUACUUCUGCCCGGAUUCUCUCGUGUAUGAUCGAAAUGGCGAGUCGAGCGAUCUGAAGGAGUACCAUUAUCGUGCUUGGGAGGAUAUACAGCCAGUGUUCACGGCGGAUUAUAGGGACGUCGAGCUUGUACAAGAGCUGAUCAACAAGGUGGUCAAGCAGGCCGGGGGUUUGGAUAAUUAUCCAGACGACCACCUUGAGAGUAUGUGGGCAGAUGAUAUCGACCUGAACGAUGACGAAGAAGAAUAGCUUGCGUCUAUGAGCGACGUUACGGGCUCCAAUAUCACAUCUUGAGAAAUGUCUCACAAACCUUGUACCAAGAGAGAGUGUGCAUGAAAAGGGGUAGAAUCGAUGUAUUUGGACAGUUCCGAUUUCUGUCCUACAGCAGUUAUAUGCUUGCUCUAAAGAAACUCCUCGCUGGAGCGUUACGCUGCCAG